AUGGGCCUGUUCUCGCUCGUGCGCGACGACCGCGCCAUGCUGGUCGGUCUCGGCAUCGCGUCGGUCGGCAUCUUUGUGGGCAUGCGGGCGGUGCUGCUGCGCUUCCGCGACUCCAGCGAGAUCAAGCCGAUUCAGCCGAAGCUACGCUACAUCACGCAAGAGACCGAGGACGCGCUACCGGCGGCGACGCUGGGACGCCUGCUGGGCCACUACAACUACUCCAUCCGCGAGACGACGGCCAAGAUUGUGUGCGACCGCGCCGUCAAUGACCCGCUGACCCUGCAGCUGCUGCUCUGGGGCAUCACGCGCGACAGCUACGAGGAGCGCAUGAAGAACCUACGGGCCCUGGCGAUGCUGACCGAUCUAGACAGCCUACACCUGCUCGACACGCCGACGGCCUACUCGGCCUUUGUCCGGUCGCUGCAGCUCUGCGUCGGCGAGACCCAGUACGACAUGAUCGACGACGACUUUUUCGACGAGUACUAUCUGCGCGACAUUGCCGAGAAGCUCUGCCUCAUGUUCGUCGACCAGCUGGUCCACAAGUGCAAGCACGGCGUCGACCGCCUCGUCCACGCCGGCUUCGUCGACCGCUGGCUGGCCAAACAGCGCUGGGGCACCACCGACGACCAGCGCAUCGACAACUUUGACCGCUACCUGCGCUUCCGCGGCAACCGCAUCGCUGACAUCUGCAAGCGCCUCUACCACUCGCCCGCCGGCUACGCCGCCCUCGAGCGCGCCCGUCUGGUCCGGCCGCACAGCCACCGCCACCACCGCCACUACCGGCUGUACGACUGUCCGCUCGAGGUGCCGGGGGAGAGGGAGACGGUCGAGAGGCAUCCAGUGCAAACCCGCCCAGAGCCUUUGACCGAUCAGGAACGACGCGCAGACACAUCCAGCCAGGACGACUCCCCACCCGCGGACGACGAGUCCCAGACGCACGAUGCGGCGUCGGCGCAGACUCGGCAGCACGGCCAGAACACGCAGGAAGGACAGCGGAUCCGGCGGCAGCACCGCGAGGCCAUGGUGCUCAACGACGGCACGCGGCCGCUGAGGCGCGACGACAUCUUUGAGCGUGAGAGCGACAAGCGGCUUCCGACCUCUUCUCGCGGCUCCGGCAUCUCUUCCGUCUCGACACCGAAUCUCGGCUCUCUCUUCGCUUCCCACGCGCGCCUGGGCCAGGCCCAACCUCCACCACCCCUGCCCCCGGUGCCGCCUCCGCUGCUCAUCCGCAAAGCUUCGGUCGCUGCCCUGACCUCGUCCUCGCUGGCCACCAUCCCCGAUGACACCGAGUUCUACGCCUUUGACACUCUGAACGAACCGCUUUGGCGCCUCUCUCUGGGCCCGGGCUCAUCUCUGCCCACCGGCCCCGACGUUGCUGUCGGCGAUGCUGUCGAUGUGCCUGGUGGCCUGACCGGCGUCGUACGCUUUGUUGGCUCUGUUGCUGGCCGCAGAGGCGUCUUUGCAGGCGUCGAGCUGCACUCCGAAUAUGCAUCUCGCGGCAAGAACAGCGGCGACGUAGAUGGCAUUUCCUACUUUUCCACUGCCACACCUGGUGCCGGCAUCUUCCUUCCCGUCUCCAAGGCCCAGCGCCGUGACUCGACUGUUGGGCCGCUAUCUCCCACCGCCAGUGGCAUCGGCCUGAAGCUAGGGAACCAGAACUCCACAAACUACACCCCACCCACGCCGUCACUGUCGAAAUUCAGCCAGUCUAUGAGCGCUGCCAGUGCUUCCCGCGCCUCCAGUCCCCAGGGCAAGCGUCCGUCGCUCCGAACAUCUCUGUCGCGGCCUGAAUCUCCUGUUCGCCGCAUGCAGAUGACACCAGUCCCACAGCGGCCGUCCAUCACGCCUGCGCCCGGGCGCUUUGCCAGCCCAACAAAUAAGUUCUCCCAGAGCCUGCGAGCCCCAUCGGCCGCCGGCGUGGGAGAUCCCAGCAAGAGAGGCCUCUCCCUUCGACCCGAUUACUCCAACAGCAUUGGUCCGCGCAGCGUCUCGGCCCUGGGCGCUGCGUCGGUGUCCAGCUUCGACGAUGACGUACCUCCCAUGGGUCUAGGACGCACGAGGGUGAAUGGUGCCGGUGGCAGCGGCAGCGCAAACGGUCCGAUUUUCGAACAGAGGGAGCGGUCUCCGUCCCACACACUGAGGUCCCCGUCUCGUGCAAUGCGGCCGCCAUCCCGCGCGAGCAAUGCCAACUACGGAAGUCCGGUCGCACCCACGGCUAUGGACGCCGAGCUGGAGCGGCUGCGUGCCGAGCUCGAAGACCGGGAGCGCCAGCUCAAGGAACAAGCAAACACGCUUGCCGAUAUGGAGAGCAGCCUGACCGAAUUGCAGACACUGAUGGACAGCCCAGACGGGCCUAUGGGCACUGGUGGCGGCGGCGACGGCGGCGUCACCAACAACCGCCGCGACAGUGUCGACGACAAGGAUACAGCGCAGCUGCGCGCUCUUCUGCGUGAGAGGAACGAGAAGAUCGCGAUGCUGACGGCCGAGUUUGAUACACAUCGGGCCGAUUUCCGCAGUACUAUCGACACUCUGGAGAUGGCCAGCACCGAGACAGAGCGAGUGUACGAGAAGAAGAUUGAGGACCUGAUGCAGGAGAUCCAUGAGCUAGAGAGCCGCACGACCGACGUGGAUGCGGUGGCCCAGCAGUUGAAGCAGCUGGAAGAGCUCGUGCAGGAGCUAGAGGAGGGCCUAGAGGACGCCCGUCGUGGCGAGGCCGAGGCGCGAGGAGAGGUCGAGUUCCUCCGCGGUGAGGUUGAGCGGACACGGACAGAGCUGCGACGCGAACGCGAGAAGCUGGCGAACGGCAACGGCAACAGCAACGGCCAUGCGGCUGCGCCGGGAUCGAUGCAGACGUCGAAGGAGCUGGAGCAAAAGGACGACGAGAUCCGUGGUCUCAAGGCGAUCAUCCACUCGCUGAGCCGGAACGCAGGCGCCGAGCUGACGGAGAAGGACAGCGGUGCCGUACCUGGCUCCCCGUCGAAGCACCGACGCGGUGAGUCGAUCAACGAACGCAUGGCGCGCGAGAAACUGGAGCGCGAGGUGUCGGACCUGCAUGUGCUGCUAGAGAGGAAGUCGGCACGGGAGACGGAGAUGGAGCUGGAGCUGGAGCAGCUGCGACUCGGAGGUGGAGCUGCACCCACGAGCAGCCAGACGCACCACAUCAGGAUGAAGACGGCCAGCAGCCGGUCAUCACUGCGCGACUCGCGCGACACGAUGGUGCUCCCGCGCGAGCUCCACGAGACGACAGCCGGCGGCGGCGGCAGCAGGUCGCCGGAUUUGGUGCGCAAGGUGCAUCAUGCCCGGGGUGCGACGCUGGACACGAUGCCCGAGAGCGAUGCCUACUCGUCUGUGACGGAUGCGAGCACUUUGUGGUGCGAGAUCUGUGAGGCCAACGGUCACGACAUCCUGACGUGCACCAACAUGUUUGGGCCGCAGAACCAGCAGAACCAGCAGAAUCAACAAAGCCAGCAGCAGCAACAGGCACCGCAGCAGGAGACCACACCAGACCCGUCCGUCUCCUCGGAUAUCCGCACCGGCAAGGACCAGAGCCCAACCGAAACAGAGCCGACGGUCGAGACUAACGGCCACGAGCCGUCGCCACUGGUCGCCCCGCUAUCGCCUGCCCGGACGACAACGCCGACGGCAGUGCCGGCCGAGGUCAAGAUUUUGCCCAACCCCUUGGAGUCGGGUCCCGUGGCCGGCAAGGAGAGCGGCAUGAUCGACACUGACAAGUGGUGCGCGCUGUGCGAGCGUGACGGCCACGACAGCGUGGACUGCCCUUUUGAGGAUGCCUUUUGA